AGUGCGCCACCGUGUACAACGGUAUUCGUCUUACUCCUGCGUUUUCAGUCUGCCUCGGUGGUUGAAUAUCGCACUUCCACGAAAUAAUGGCGGCUGAAUUAUUUUGUGUAGGACCAUCUUACUCUCGAAGUUAUUGGUUCCCGACCACUGUUUCGAGGAACUUGCUAUAUCAACGAGACUGCGUGUGGUUGCUCCGUCACUCACGCUGUGCUGUGUAUAGAUGGUUGGGAGCAGUCGUUCCAGGCCUAUGCAGGCCAUGAAACCACGAAAGAACCAUAGACGUUACGUAAAAUAUCAUCAAUACAGGUUAGUACGUUUUAUUCGUUUCGAGUCAGUAGUGUCUCUUUUGUCGAUUUCUCCCAGGAUUUGUUGCCUCGUGCAUCACUGGAGAGCGGUGAUCAAUCAAGUCGCAUCGUUCUAAUGGCGUGGGCCGUAUGAGACGCUGAAAGACGACUGCAAUUGAGCUGCAACCUCCUACGAAGCCGCUAUUUCUUUACGCAUAUACGCAACGAUUUUCAAGCUUCAUUCACAGAGCAUCGCCGGUAUAUCAUCAAUUCACCGUGAGGCGAGACAAUUUUCCCGUACAUCAAGGCAUCUAUAACAGGACCUUGCUAGCUCAGCAGAGAUAGACUUAUGUGGAACAAGGCCAUGACUUCCCCAUGAUACUACUGACUCCGCGUUCGCGUACUUAUCUGCAUGAUCAGUCUUCUAGGAGUAUAUCGACCCUGAACAGGGACGGGCUUGCGUGUUUGCUUAACGCCAGUGCAAUCAGUAUAAACAUUGCUCGUCCGCCAGUGAGCCUGUCACUGCAAUAUUACCCCGCCCGUUCGAUCGAAAACAUGACCCGCCCUCUCACCACUGCCGCCGCCAUCAUCCCAAGCUCAGAGCCAAUGCCAGCUAUGAUGCCUCGCCAUCCCAGGCUCUCGGAUGCUGUUCUAAAUGCAUCCAUUAGUGAAGUCAACAUCUGGGCUCCGCAGGCUAUUAGAACCUUCCACUGGCGCACCACUCUCGUUCUGGCUACUACUACGGACGGGUUCUUGGGCGUGUCGUUGGACAUGUAUCAGCCCGUAGAGCACGUAUACAAGCUACCUGAACAGCCCCAGAAUUCCUUUGGAACUCUGCAGAUUACGCCUCGUACGGAACGACUGCUUUACUCGACCCGCACUUUUUACAAGGCCUGUUCGGUCCCAAUGGUCACCAAAGUGACUGUGAACAAUGUCUACGACUUGAUCGUAGAACUGGGAUUGCAGCACUAUAUGUUCCACGCAAUUCAUAGCAGCGGUUGCAUGUUCUGGAAUCUGCAGUUGUUGAGGUUGUUUCAGCUUAAGAGAUGGGUCGCUGAAGGCUCGUACGAAGCCGCGCGAGAGACUAUACAACAUUAUCAUAUCCAGCUCGGCGGGAUAAAGGUGCCCUGGCCUCCUGUUGAAGGUAAAUAUUAUCGCUUUCGAGAUUUUGACGAUGUGAGGGUUUUGGAAGUGCGUUCGAGUGACGGAAGAUGGGAACAGGUGGUGUAAUGGAUGCCUUAUACACCGUCAUCCGUGGUAUGUGAAGAUGUGAGGAUGAGUGUCACAUCGAGCUGGCAGAUAGUAGAGAGACAUCCUUGUCACAUACUCAUUGCGGUGGAGUAAUUUUUUGGUUAUGAACCUAAGAUUCAGAUUCAGGAAUAUGAUUAUCAUGACGUCUUC